CCUGUUGACCUCUCUUGGUAAGACGCACAACGCGUUGAUCGCAGAACCGCAUGUCUAGUCACCUUGAACCUCAGUCAUUCACAAGGUUUGGAUGGGUGGUCUGUGCAUGGGUUCUGGUGGUUUCAUUCCAGUAUGGCUACCACAUUUCCACGCUUAAUCAAAUCCAAGCCGUCCUCACAUGCAGGGGACGCGAUGCCUCCAUCCCAUUUUACUACGGCCUCCCGUCAUGCAUACCCAUGUCGGACAGCACCUUUUCCGUUGUAACCUCAGUGUUCACCGUCGGUGGCCUCAUGGGCAGCUUGGUCGCAAAUCUUAUUCUGGACCGCUAUGGCCGCAAGGGCGCUGUGCGAGCCAGUGGCGCGCUCUUUGCCCUUGGUGCAGGGUUGAUGACCAUCUCGGCAUCUAUCGGCCUUCUGAUGUUUGGAAGAGUGCUAGCAGGCGCCGGUGCUGGGAUCGGCCUCUGUGUUGGCCCAAUUUAUCUGUCGGAACUGGCACCUCCGAGAAUCAAAGGCAGUGUCGGUGUUCUGACGCAGCUCGCCAUCGUUAUUGGCAUCAUGGUCACACAAGCCAUGGGGCUUCAGAUGGCCACCCCUACACAAUGGCGCUUCGUUCUCAUGUUCUCCUCUGGCUUAUCCGUCGCACAGCUCCUUGUCAGUCCGCUCGUAGUGGAAACUCCCGUUUGGCUGAAGAGGAGAGGGGAGCUGGCUGACCUCAAAGCGGUUGAACAACGCCUUUGGAAGUACGACGUGUCAGAUGCUGACAACUCUGCUGCUGAUGUCGAAGAUCCUCUGCUCGAAGAAGGCGAGGAAGAGGAGGAGGAUCACCCCAGUUUGGCAGCGGAACGAACACAUUCCGUAUCCGUCUUCCAGCUGCUCACCGCUAGGCAGCUUCGUCGACCUUUCUUCGUCGCGUCCUUUGGUAUGCUUGCACAGCAGCUGUCAGGCAUCAACGCGGUGCUCUACUACAGCAACGACAUUCUAUCCAAAUCUUUACCGGACAUGGGACCCUACAUCUCUUUGGGGAUCACCAUUGUGAAUGUUCUGAUGACAGCACCACCUAUCUUCCUCAUCGAGCGAUGGGGACGACGGACACUUUUAUUACUGUCCUCAGUGGGAGCCGUCUUGUCACUGAUCCUCGUCGGCUACGGACUGGAUUCGAGUGCGGUGACGCUUGCGAGCGUGGCCAUUAUGACCUUCGUCACGUCGUUCGCUACAGGAUUGGGUCCCGUUCCAUUCGUCAUCAUUCCGGAAGUAUCUCCGUCGAAUGCCGUGGCAGCCUUAUCAUCCGUAGCACUCUCACUUAAUUGGGUCGCAAAUUUCUUCGUCGGCCUCGUAUUUCUUCCCCUCCGGAAUAUCCUGUCUGGGGGUGAUGUGGAGCGCGAGGGGAGAGUGUUCUACGUGUUUGCUGCUGCUCUGAGUUUAUCGACAUUGGGCUUGCUGAGAAGCUACCGGGGAUAACAUUUUCGGGGUUUUGUUCUUCUUGAGGGGAUUUUUCAGUCUCAUGAUGAAAUAUCUUGGUGGUGGAUGGCAUUAAUAAGGUCUUGCCAGUACUAGUCGUUUGUAGCAUUUUGUUGGUCCGAGUCGAAGAAGUUCGAACAGAUAGUAGUGACGUGAUCC